GUUGUCAAAAUGAAUAAUACAGGCUCUAUAAAUAAAAGUAGAUCACAGACUCACAGUGUCAAUCAAAUAACAGUUGUUUAAGCAAAUAAUUGAAGCACAAAGAUGGUCUCCAAUAAUGAAGAGGUGAAGCUUUUUGGAAUUGUGGAAAGUCCAUUUGUGACCAGGGUGGAGAUUGCUCUAAAAUUGAAGGGAAUUGAAUACAAAUAUAUAGAAGAAAAGCCUGGUAACUUGAGUGAUACACUCAUCAAAUAUAAUCCAGUUUAUAAGAAAGUUCCUGUAUUAGUUCAUAAUGAGAAGCCCAUAUCAGAAUCCCUUGUGAUUCUUGAAUACAUCGAUGAAACAUGGAACCAAAAUCCAAUCUUGCCUUCAGAUCCUUACAAUAGAGCACAGGCACGUUUCUGGUCAAAAUUCAUAGAUGACAAGGCUGUGGACGCCUUAAGAAAAGUUAUUCACACCCAUGAUGAGAAAGAACGUGAGAAAGGUAUUGAGGAAAUAGAAGAGGCUUUUCAAAUUCUUGAGAAUGAGCUCAAGGACAAGUUCUUUGGUGGAGAUGAGAUUGGAAUUGUUGACAUUACUGCUGUCAUCAUAGCUUGCUGGCUUCCUAUUAUACAAGAAGCAUUUGGAGUGAAGUUGUUCAAUAGUGACAAAUUUCCCAAGCUUUACAAAUGGAGCCAAGACUUCAACAAUCACCCAAUUGUUAAGGAAACAUUGCCUCCUAGAGAAACCCUUUUGGCCUUUUACAAAGGUGUUUAUGAAAGAAUUCUUGCAUCAAAAUAGAUUAAUCUAAGGGGGUACGUACCCUAUGGAUUUAAGGAGAAAUAUCUAAGUAAUUUGUUUGUCAUUUUUUGUUUUUUGUUUGAAUUUUUAUGACAUAAAAUAUCUAUGUAACCUACGGUUCUCCUUGUAUAAUAAAAUCUAUGAUUUUGUUUCCA